AAAAUGUUUCUUGUCUUUCCUUUUAAUAAUAUUUCCUUAAAUACACAGCAAAUAGAAUACUAAAAGAUGAAACUGACAACAUUAAAGAUAAGUAACUGAAGAAAAACACAUAGAAUUAAAAUAUGAAGUUAGUGGUCAUUACCACUAAUUAACCAUUAAUUUUUCUGGGUAAUGUCCUUUGUAGGUGUUGGCCAAAGGAAUUAAUUUUCCAUUUGUGUGCUCAACUGGCUGCUGACUUAUAACAUUUAUCCCCUCCUUCAGACAAUGCAAAUUCAGGAUAUUGGAGUUCCAUAAUGGCAGACGACUCUCAUGAAGCAUCUACUGGAGAUAACUCAUCGCAAUGAAUCAGAAUUUAGAUGUCAAUAUCAAUGAUCCGCUUGUCAAGAAUGACUUACGGACUUGGAAGGGCUUCUCCUUAUCGCACUUUAGGAAAGGUCGGAGUAGUCUCUUCAAUGGUACCUUGAAACCUUUUCAAGCAGAUCUAGUCAGUCUUCAGAGGCUGUUUCUGCUCAAACACCAAUCCUGCCACCACCUGCAAAAAGGCAUAUGUCCCUUAUGAAGGCCAAAUUUGAUGAGCAGAACAAGGGUAGUGAUUCUGGUAGUAGGAAAUAUGAGCUGGAAUUGUACCUAAGUGAGGCUACGGUUGAGAAUGAUGACGAUUUCAAUAUUUUGAAGUGGUGGAAGCUAAACUCACGGAGAUUUCCAAUCCUUUUGAGGAUGGCUCGAUAUAUUCUUGAUGUUCCUAUCUCUACUGUUGCAUCUGAAUCAGCAUUUAGUACUUUUAGCAGAGUACUAGAUUGCUUUAGGAGUUCUUUAACUCCAAGAUUGGUGGAAGCAUUGGUGUGCACUCAGAAUUGGCUUAAAGCAGAAGCCUGCCCUUUGGUGAUUGAAGAGUGCCUCGAUGAAUUGGAACCCUUUGAGCAAGGGUUGCCGAACUAAAAAGUUGGACUCUUGCUGAUUUUUGCUUUUGUGGCAACUUGGUGUGGAAGCGAAUUUUGCUAUCGUUGCCUAAUGAUGCCUGUUGCCUAAAGCCUGAUGCUGCUUGUUGUCUGGGUUGUCCCUGCCCCUAUACAGAAAACUGGUGGAAGCACUU